AUGCCCCCGGCUUAUAACGAGAUCUUCCUCAACAGACCCCUCCUACUCAGCCUCCUCACCAUGCUUUCGGACGAGAUUCGGCGCACCAAAGCUUUCUGCGGUCCCGUCCUCCUCGUCACGCACGGCGGGGCUCCCCUCGUGCUCGAGGGCCUCCGUGACGCCCGCCAGUGGACGCGCGACGUCAAUAUCGUCGUGUACGGCCCGCACUUCUCCUACGUCGAAGCGUUCGACCUCCUCAAGGCCUGCAUCACGCGCGUCGCGCAGCUCGCAUCCCAGUACGGGAUCGGCGCCGUCGGCGCGGACUGGAUGAACGCGGACGAUGCGGCCCUCCGCGGCCGGCGCGACCCCUAUGGCGAUCGACUCCUCGUCGACCACAUCUACACCGCCACCACCUCGCCGGGGAACCGCGCCUUCAACUCCCUCUUCUCGACCGCGCACCUCCUCCUCAUCGCCGUCCCGCGCGCGUGGGCGCUGGCGCUCAAGAUCGAGCGCUUCCGGAAGGACGACCCCGCCGACGCCGUCGUCCUCCUCCGCAAGCUCGCGCCCGAGGGGCGGACCGCUGCGGACGUCGAGCGCGAGCUCGAGCGCGCGUGCUGGGCGAUCGGGUGGGGCGACGCGGAGACGGAGAUGGGGCGGCAGAAGGACCGCUUGAGG